GUCUUUGAAAAUGAGAAUCCCAUAAACAACGUGUAAUCUCACAAGAAACACAUAAAUUCUCAUUGCCAAAAAUCAAAUUGUCUCUUAUUCGUUAGAUUCAUCAAAUGGCUCGUACGAAGCAAACAGCAAGGAAAUCCACCGGAGGAAAGGCACCAAGGAAGCAGCUCGCGACGAAGGCGGCGAGGAAAUCGGCUCCGGCGACCGGAGGAGUGAAGAAGCCACACAGGUUCCGUCCCGGAACAGUGGCGCUUAGAGAGAUCAGGAAGUACCAGAAGAGCACGGAGCUUCUGAUCCGCAAGCUUCCGUUCCAGCGAUUGGUGCGAGAGAUCGCUCAGGAUUUCAAGACAGAUCUGCGUUUCCAGAGCAGCGCCGUCGCGGCUCUCCAGGAAGCGGCAGAAGCAUAUCUCGUAGGGUUGUUUGAAGACACUAACCUGUGUGCGAUUCACGCUAAGAGAGUUACCAUCAUGCCAAAGGACAUUCAGCUUGCCAGGAGGAUCAGAGGCGAGAGAGCUUGAGGAUUGAGGAUAAUGCACACUAACACUUAGGUCGGCCUUUUCGAUUUGCUUCCGUUUUGUCUACGUACAUCUUUCGUUUUUCUUUUUCUCCUGAUUUCCGCGUUCGAUUAGGUUUUGCUUUUAUGGUGUUCGAUGUAUUGCCUCAACGAGUCAAAUAAAUCAUAUCCUAUCUUAAUUUUCUUCUCAGUUAAUCGCUGAAAUGUGAUCUGGAAAACGCUUUCUUACUUACAAUUUGAUUAUAUUUUUAGAA